GAAUUAUCAGAAAGAUUUUAUAUGAACCUCAUAGAUCCUUCCAGCUUGAAUUCAUGGCCAAAGUCCCUGGAGUCACAGUGGAUGAAGAUGAUGAAGUCUGUUAAAAAGGGAAGUCUGCUGCACUGAAAACAGUUAAAAUGCUUCAAGGGAUGGGAAUUUCAAAGAACAAAGAUACAUUUCUACCUUGUCAAGGCGAUCUGUGGCAUGAGUGGUGUAAAAUAAAUAAAGAGCUGUAUCACCUUAAAGGAAACAUUGAGAAGGAAAAAAGUCAUAAGCAACAGCAACUGAAUAAAAUAAGACAAAAUCAAUGCAAAGCUUCAUGUAGUGAACUGAUGAAGUCAUUCACAGAAAGCCUCUUGUCUUUGCCAUCAAAACAGAAGGAGUACUUCCUGAAAUGGACUCAGAUCUUAAUAGAUGCCCUAUCCACAGAUGAUCUCUCUUCAAUUCUCCAAAGCUAUGAUGAAAAGUGGACUGAGCUCUUGACUCUGAAAAAGAAACACGACAAAUCUGAUCUGUUAGCAAGCAAACAAACAGAGCUUGAACAAAUAUCCAAAACACUGCAGUCUGCAACCUUUGGCCUGGAGCACAUCUUCAGAGAAAUGGGACAGAUCUAUGAAGCCCAUAGAGCAGUACAAACACAGAAUAAACUGACUUCCUGGUCUAAAUAUCCAAAGUUGGCUGCAGAUCUGAUGAUUUCAGGACACCCAGUGGAGCUGAUGGAUGGUGAUGCAGGUCAUGUGCCUCUAACAUGGAUCUCUAGUUUUUUAGAUGAAGUCAUCAAGAAACUAGGCGACCAGAGAGUUUUUGUGUUGUCAGUUUUGGGCGUACAAAGCAGUGGAAAAUCAACAAUGCUGAAUGCCAUGUUUGGAUUGCAGUUUGCAGUGAGUGCAGGCAGGUGCACCAAAGGUGCCUUCAUGCAGCUGGUCAAAGUGUCAGAGGAAAUCAAGAAAGACUUCCAGUUUGACUAUUUUCUAGUGGUGGACACUGAAGGACUGCGGGCUCUUGAGCUGGCAGGAAAUGCUACUCUUCAUCACGACAAUGCACUAGCGACAUUUGUUGUUGGCCUAGGAAGCUUGACACUGAUCAACAUCUUUGGUGAGAAUCCAGCUGAGAUGCAGGAUGUCCUGCAGAUUGUUGUUCAGGCUUUCAUGAGGAUGAAGAAAGUUAAACUUUCUCCCAGUUGUGUGUUUGUUCAUCAGAAUGUGACAGAUAUCGCAGCUACUGAGAAAAACAUGGAUGGGAAAAGACGCCUGCAAGAAAAACUGGACCAGAUGGCUCAACUAGCUGCUAAAGAGGAGCUGUGUGAUGCUGAGUGCUUCAGUGAUAUCAUUGACUUCGAUGUGCAAAAAGAUGUGAAAUACUUUGCUCAGCUAUGGGAGGGAAGUCCACCGAUGGCUCCUCCAAAUCCAGGCUACAGCGAGAGCAUCCAAGAGCUGAAGAACAUCAUCCUGUCUAAGGCUAAAUGCUCUCCUGGGAUCACUCUCUCACAUUUUAACAGAAAGAUACAAGACCUGUGUAAAGUUCUGAUGAAUGAACACUUUGUUUUCAGAUUCAAAAACACAUUAGAAAUUGCAGUUUACAGAAAACUUGAGGUUGAGUAUGGAAACUGGACCUGGGCCCUAAGGAGCAACAUGCUGGUGAUUGAAAACCAGCUUCACACCAGAAUUGAAAAUGGAGAACUUGACAAGGUUGACGUAGUGAUGAGUGAAAAAUAUAAAGAAGUAGAAAAAGAUAUGUCAAAGUACAUUGAGGAUGACAGAGACAAAGAUAUGUUGGUUCAGUGGAGAGGCCGAUUUGAAAACAAAAUAAAGGAGUUCCAAGAGGAGCUGGUGAGAGGAGUGGAAAGAAAACUGGAUGAAGUUAUUCAGCAGAAGAAAGCUUGUAAAAAGCUGGAUGAUAAGAAGACCGAAUUUGAGAACAAGCUGCUGCAAAAGAGUAAAAAGCUUGCUCAUAAGUUAAAAGACAAAGCAAAAAAUGAAGAGGAACUUAAAAAACGUUUCAACUCAGUUUGGGAUUACUGGGUAAAAGAGUUAACUGCAGAUGCACAACCCAUUCAGGACAUCAAGCUGGAUGACGAUCAGGCAAAUAUCCUUAAUGACCUUGGUUUUGAAUGGAAUCUCAUAUUUGAAUGCAAAAAGAAUGGCAGAUACAAAAAAAUAUCUGAGGUUGGCAAUUAUUCUGAUUAUAUUGUCCUUGGCAAGCACCAAGAUACAACAAGAAAAGGGCUUGCCAGCCAAGUGGCUACAUUUUUUGAAGUUGGUGCUAAAACAAUAAUACAUUACUUAAAGAGACCUUUUGAGCAUGAAGACCAGGAAAUGAUAAGAUCCCUCAUAAACAGUAUUGAAAAACAGUCUCUUGAUGCCAUUAUGAGCAAGCCUGUAGCAACAAGAGGCUACAGUUCAACUUACUUACAAGAAGUGGCUAAAACAGUUCAGGACACAGUGACAGAGUUUGAAUCAAAUAAGAAAUGUGCUUUCAAGAAGGAGUUCAGAGUUGACCUGUUACUGUAUGUAUUUGACACUGCUUGCAGUUGGCUUUCACAGUCUCACAAACAAUACAAAACGAGCAAUGAUGCACUCACUUACUUGGAAAGCAAGAAAACACAAUACUACAACAUUUUCAGCAGCUUUUGCAAAGGAAACUCAUCUGCUGUUGUGUUUGGAGAAAUGAUCUGUGAAAAACGGAAGUAA